AUGCCCGACGAUAUCGAAUCCAGCUUCCAAGCCGCCAUCGACGCAGGCCAGAUCAACGGCGCCGUCAUCUGCGCAACCGACGCCGAUGGCAACUUCACCUACAAUCAAGCUUUCGGCGAGCGAACCCUGCUCUCCGGCGAGAAGCGCCCACAGCAACUAGACGAUGUCAUCUACCUCGCCUCCGCCACCAAGAUAGUCACCGCGAUCGCCGCCCUACAAUGCGUCGAUGACGGCCUGCUCAGCCUCACGGGCGAUCUCUCCGCCAUCGCCCCAGAACUAACAAGCAAGCAAGUCUUCACGGGAUUUUCUGACGACGGCGAGACACCGCUUUUGGAAGCCGUCCACGAACCCGUCACGCUGGAAAUGCUCCUCACGCACAGCGACGGGUUGAAUUAUCAUUUCCUAAACCCGCUCAUCGCGCAGUGGCGCGAGAAAUUCGUCGAACCAAACCUGAAGGACGGCGAGAAGAGGAAUGUUGAGGAGACUUUCUGUUACCCGCUUAGUUACCAGCCUGGCAAGGGCUGGAUGUAUGGGCCUGGUCUGGACUGGGCAGGGAGAAUUGUCGAGCGUGUCACGGGUCGCAGUUUAGGGGAGAGAAUGCAGGAGCGGAUCUUUGAUCCGUUGGAUAUCCACGAUGCGCAAUUUUAUCCUGUGUUGCGGGAUGACCUCCGUGAGCGCCUGGUUGAUUUGAAUCCGGAUGACCCUGAUGCGCUUGGGCGGGCGGUGGUUGGAUCUGGGGAGAUGAAUGCGCGUACGAAGGGAGAUUUUGGCGGACAUGGACUUUUCAUGUCUGCUGCAAGUUUUGUGAAGAUUCUUCACGCUGUUCUGGUUAAUGAUGGGAAGUUACUGCGGCCCGGGACCGUUGAUGGGAUGUUUGAAAAUAGACUUGGCCCUGAAGCAACGGCAAGUCACCAGGCGGCUUUGGCGUCUCCGUUCGGUCAGUUUUUCCGUGUCGGCGUGGAUCUUGAGACGAAGUGCGGAUUUGGUCUUGGUGGUUUACUCACGUUGGAAGAUGUGGAUGGUUGGUAUGGGGAGCGGACCUUGACUUGGGGUGGGGGAAUGACGCUUGCUUGGUUUAUUGAUCGGAAGAAUGGACUGUGUGGUGUCGGUGCUCCAAUGGCUAAGGUGCCAUUGGACAUGGAGGUUGGAGCUACGCUGAAGCAGGUUUUCCGUCGUGGUGUGUACCGGAAGCAUGCAACGUGGCAGAAGAGCCAGUAG